AUGGCCGAUGAGAUUGACUGGCUGGACUUGCCCGGCCGGUGGACCUACGGAGUUGACCGCGGUGGGAGAGUCUUCUUCAUCAAUGAUGAGGAGAAAUCAACCUGCUGGGUGCAUCCUGGAACGGCAUCACCCAUCCAGAGUGGACACUCUUCCUGUCCAGGUUUGCCCAAAGGUUGGGAGAUGGAUUCUACCCAGGAAGGAGCUGUGUAUUUCAUCAACCAUAAUGAAAGACGGAACACAUUUCUACACCCACUGACUGGCCAGGUUCCAGAGGAAAACAAAAAGUUUGACUUGAAAAUAUCAGCUUUGGACAUGUCCAAUAAAGCAGGUGGGAAACGGCCAACUACCACCAACAGUGACCUAACCAACCACAGCAUGGUGUCUGAGGUCCCUCCAGAGCGGCCCAGUGUCCGGGCCGCCCGGCCAUCCCGAAAGGCCAUCGCUUUCGGCAAGCGCUCCCACUCCAUGAAGCGAAACCCCAGCGCUCCCGUCACCAAGGCAGGCUGGCUCUUCAAGCAGGCCAGCUCUGGAGUUAAGCAAUGGAAUAAGCGCUGGUUCGUCCUGGUGGAUCGCUGCCUCUUCUACUACAAAGAUGAGAAGGAGGAGAGCGUCCUGGGCAGCGUGCCCCUCCUGAGCUUCCGGGUGGCCGCGGUGCAGCCCUCGGACAACAUCAGCCGGAAGCAUACCUUUAAGGUGACUGUCUGCUGGGUGGACGAGGCUGGGGCCAGUUCCACGCACUGCCUCUCCCCACAGGCUGAGCACGCCGGGGUCCGCACCUACUUCUUCAGCGCCGAGAGCCCCGAGGAGCAGGAGGCCUGGAUCCAGGCCAUGGGGGAGGCGGCCCGAGUACAGAUCCCCCCAGCCCAGAAGUUGGCGCCACCCCAAGCUUCACGUCACAACCAUGAGAAGCCAGACUCUGAGAACAUCCCACCCGGCAAACACCACCAUCAGCUCCCCCACAACAGCGUUCCCAAGCCUGAACCAGAGGCCAAGACUCGUGGUGAGGGUGACGGCCGAGGCUGCGAGAAGGCAGAGCGGAGGCCCGAGAGGCCCGACGCCAAGAGCGAGCCGCUGGCGAAAGCCAAUGGUGUCCACGCCGGACCAGAACCCGCCUCAGAGCCGGGCAGCCCUUUCCCCGAGGGCCUGAGGGUCCCGGGAGGUGGGGAGCGGCCUGCCCAGCCCAACGGCUGGCAGUAUAGCUCCCCCAGCCGGCCGGGGAGCACAGCCUUCCCGCCUCAGGACUCUGAGAGCGGGGGUCACCGGCGGAGCUUCCCGCCACGCACCAACCCCGACAAAAUCGCCCAGCGCAAGAGCUCCAUGAACCAGCUUCAGCAGUGGGUGAACCUGCGCCGAGGGAUCCCCCCUCCUGAAGACCUUCGGAGUCCUUCUAGGUUCUACCCUGUGUCCCGUAGGGUCCCUGAGUAUUACAGCCCCUACUCUUCCCAGUACCCUGAUGAUUACCAGUACUACCCCCCAGGGGUGCGGCCGGACAGCAUCUGCUCGAUGCCGGCCUACGACCGGAUCAGCCCACCGUGGGGCCUGGAGGACAAGCGGCACUCCUUCCGGAACGGAGGCGGCCCUGCCUUCCAGCUGCGCGAGUGGAAGGAGCCUGCUGGCCUUGGGCGGCCUGACGGCACCGUCUGGAUCCCCAGCCCCUCCCGGCAGCCUGUCUUCUACGAUGAGCUGGAGGCCGCCUCUGGCUCCCUGCGCCGCCUGUCCCUGCAGCCCCGCUCCCACUCCGUGCCCCGCUCGCCCGGCCAGGGCUCCUACAGCCGCAGCCGCCUGUACUCCCCCGCCCGCUCGCCCAGGGCCCACUUUGAGCGGCUGCCGCCUCGCAGCGAGGACAUCUACGCUGACCCUGCCGCCUACGUGAUGAGGCGAUCCAUCAGCUCCCCCAAGUAUGAUUACCUGGGAGACAGGCGGCCAGUCCCUGCAGGACUGUUCCCCUACAACUACCCACCAUCCCCCACGGUCCACGAUAAGAUGGAUGAACUUUUAGACCUUCAGUUGCAAAGAAACCUAGAGUAUUUGGAUCAGCAGAUGAGUGAGAGCGAGGCUCUGAUCAGUGUGGUGAACCGCAUGGUGGAGAGCUCCUCCCCCAGCGCCCAGCUCUUCAUGCAAGUCCCUCCGUACCCAGAAGUGUUCCAGGACAGCCUCCACACCUACAAGCUGAACGAGCAAGACACAGACAAGCUGCUGGGCAAGUUGUGUGAGCAGAACAAGGCGGUGCGGGAGCAGGAGCGGCUGGUGCAGCAGCUGCGAGCUGAGAAGGAGAGUCUGGAAAGUGCCUUGAUGGGGACCCACCAGGAACUGGAGAUGUUUGGAAGCCAGCCCGCCUACCCAGAGAAACUGCUGCACAAGAAGGAGUCGCUGCAGAACCAGCUCAUCAACAUCCGGGUGGAGCUGUCUCAGGCGACCACGGCCCUGGCGAACAGCACCAUGGAGUAUGAGAGUCUGGAGGCAGAGGUCUCUGCCUUGCACGACGAGCUCUGGGAGCAGCUCAGCUUGGACCUCCAGAAUGAGGUGCUCAACCGGCAAAUCCAGAAGGAGAUCUGGAGGAUCCAGGAUGUAAUGGAGGGGCUGAGGAAGAAUAACCCGUCCCGGGGCACAGACACAGCCAAGCACAGAGGAGGACUUGGCCCCUCGGGCACUUACAGCUCCAACAGCCCCGCCAGCCCUCUGAGCUCCGCCAGCCUCACCAGCCCACUGAGCCCCUUCUCCCUGGUGUCUGGCUCUCAGGGGUCCCCCACCAAGCCUGGCUUCAGUGAGGAGCCCGGCCCGCCGCGGCCCCCCCUCCCCAAAGCCUACGUCCCCCUGGAGUCUCCUCCCACUGUGCCUCCACUCCCUAGCGAGAGCCGCUUCUGGCCGCACCCCAACUCCCCUUCCUGGCACUGCGGUGGUGAGACAGCCAGGGGUCAGCCCAAGGCAAGCUACGAGCAAAGCAAGAGAGACCCCCAGCAGACAUCCCCCCUGGACACCUCUAGAGACAUCAGCCUUGUGUCCACCAGGCAAGAGGCUGAGGCAGAGAAGCAGGCGGCUCUCAACAAAGUGGGCAUCGUACCCCCACGGACCAAGUCACCCACCGAUGAAGAAGUGACUCCAUCGAGGGUGGUGAGGAGGAGUGCCAACGGGCUCACCAAUGGCCUCUCCUCCCGGCAGGAGCGCCCCAAGAGUGCUGUGUUUCCUGGCGAGGGCAAGGCCAAAAUGAGCGUGGAGGAGCAGAUGGAUCGCAUGCGGCGGCGGCAGAGCGGCUCCACCAGGGACAAGCGGAGGAGUCUGCAGCUCCCAGCCAGCCCGGCCCCCGACCCCGGUGCCCGGCCUGCCUACAAAGUGGUGCGCCGCCAGCGCAGCAUCCACGAGGUAGACAUCUCCAACCUGGAGGCGGCGCUGCGAGCCGAGGAGCCCGGCGGGCAGGCCUACGAGAGUCCGCGGGAGGAGAUCGCCCGGCUGCGCAAGACGGAGCUGGAGCCGCCGCGCUAUGACGUGGACAUCAACAGGGAGCUCUCCACCCCGGGCAAAGUCCUCAUCCCUGAGCGGUACCUUGACCUGGAGCCCGACACGCCCCUGAGCCCCGAGGAGCUGAAGGAGAAGCAGAAGAAAGUGGAGAGGAUCAAGACGCUCAUUGCCAAGUCCAGCAUGCAGAGCGUGGUGCCCGUCGGCGAGGGGGACUUUGUGGACGUGCCCCAGGACUCGGAGAGCCAGCUGCAGGAGCAGGAGAAGAGGAUUGAGAUCUCCUGUGCCCUGGCGACCGAGGCCUCCCGCAGAGGCCGCAUGCUGUCUGUGCAAUGUGCCACCCCAAGCCCUCCCACCUCCCCUGCCUCCCCGGCUCCACCAGCCAACCCCCUACCAUCUGAACCCCCGCGGGGCGCCGACAGCAGCCAUGUCAUGCGGGUCUGA